AUGGCCUUCCUCAAGAGCCUCUCUCUGUCGAGGCCCGAGAACGUGCCAGGCAAGACAUGGCCCGCUAUCGCGGUGGGCAUGUUUGUCGCAUUUGGCGGUGUCCUCUUUGGAUACGAUACUGGUACCAUCAGUGGAAUCUUGGCUAUGCCAUACUGGCAACGGCUAUUUAGCACGGGUUACAUCGAUGCCAAAGGGAAUCCCAACGUCGACGCCUCGCAAGAGUCCGCCAUCGUGUCCAUUCUCUCCGCCGGCACCUUCUUCGGUGCCCUCAGCUCCCCUUUCUUGGCAGACUACGUUGGCCGCCGCCUGGGCUUGAUCGUAUCCACGUGGGUCUUCAACCUAGGCGUUGUGCUGCACACCGUUGCUACGGCCAUUCCCAUGUUCCUGGCAGGCCGCUUCUUUGCCGGCUUUGGGGUCGGCUUGAUAUCCGCCAUGAUUCCACUGUACCAAUCCGAGACUGCCCCCAAAUGGAUACGCGGCUUUAUCGUCAGUGCGUAUCAAUGGGCCAUCACCAUCGGCUUGCUCCUCGCGGCUGCUGUGAACAACGCCACCUCGAACCGAGAUGACACGGGGUCUUACCGUAUCCCCAUUGCGGUCCAGCUGGCAUGGUCACUGAUCCUCUUCUUUGGCUUGCUCUUUCUCCCUGAAACCCCACGGUUUUUGAUAAAACAGGACAAAGCAGACAAGGCUGCACAGGCGCUCAGCCGUCUUCGACGCUUGUCAAUCAACCAUCAAGCCAUUGCGGCAGAGUUAGCAGAAGUCCAAGCGACCCACGACUUCGAGAUGACCAUGGGGCAAGGCUCCUAUCUGGAUUGUCUGAGACCCCCGAUUCUCAAGAGACAGCUUACGGGCAUGGGACUGCAGGCGCUUCAGCAGCUUACAGGCAUCAACUUCAUCUUUUACUACGGAACCAAGUACUUCCAGAACUCGGGCGUCUCCAGCGGCUUUGUCAUCUCCAUGAUCACCUCCUCUAUCAACGUUGCCUCUACCGUACCGGGCAUGUAUGCCGUCGACAAAUGGGGCCGACGGCCUUUGCUUCUCUGGGGCGCCGUCGGCAUGUGCGUGUCUCAACUGAUCGUCGCGGUCUGCGGCACGGUGUCCACGGGCCAGCACGACAACGGGGAGAUCUACGUGAAAAGCCUAGCUGGGCAGCAGGCUGCCGUAGCCUUCGUCUGCAUCUACAUCUUCUUCUUCGCGUCUACCUGGGGGCCACUCGCCUGGGUCGUUACCGGCGAGAUCUUCCCGCUCAAAACCCGCGCCAAGUCCUUGAGCAUUACCACAGCGACUAACUGGCUGCUGAACUGGGCCAUUGCCUACGCAACGCCGUACCUCGUCAACUACGGUGAGGGCUAUGCCAACCUCCAGUCCAGAAUCUUCUUUGUCUGGUUUGCCUGUUGCUUCCUCUGCAUCCUGUUCGUCUACCUCAUGAUCUACGAGACCAAGGGUCUCACGCUCGAGCAAGUCGACCAGCUGUAUGAGGAGGUCAGCGACGCACGGAAAUCGACAACGUGGAAGCCCACGUCUUCUCGGCAGCACGAGUGGAAGGUGACAUCGGAGCACGAAGAAAUCGCUGUUCAAGCCCCUUCCUUAGAAGCAAAGAAUUGA